GAAAUAUUUGAACCAUUUAAAUUAGACUGCAAAAGUCAGCAGUGUUGCUGGCAAUAACAUUCAUGUAAAUCAGCUGUUAGCGGCAAAAUAACACUGCGGCUGUAGUUGCAGUUGUGAUAAAUUCAAUUUAAUUGUGUAGAAAAAAAAUCAAAUUUAAUGCAGUUACGUUGGUAUUAAAUAUGUGUGCCAGUUGAGCUGUAAUUUAAAUGUGGAGAAUGUUGAAAAAAUCCAAUUUGUUGGGUACUUUAGUAAAGUCAAAGACUGCUGUGCCUUCUCGCGCUUUGCACUUAAAACGUCGUGAAGUUUACCAACAAUGUUAUCGCAUCCUCGGUGUACAUGAGAGCGCCGAUCAAAAUACCGUUCGUCAAGCGUAUCUGGAUCUGGUGAAGCGUGUGCAUCCCGAUGCGGACAGCGACGAGGCGAGUAGUGAACGUUUUCAACAAGUCGACGAAGCUUUCCGCGUGCUGCAAGAGAAAUUCGCCAAAGGGCGACGCAACAUCAGCGAGAACGAUGAUGAACCGUUGGAGUUUGAUAUCAAACACACAGCUCCACAGCAUCGUCAGUAUCUAUCGAACGAUGGCAUUGGCAUAGGGACGCCCUUUCAGCGUCAGAAGCAAUAUCAACAGGUGCGCGCCAUGAAGGCGCAAGAGCAUGUCCUGGAACAUCGCAUUGAGAAGGCGGCGGCUGGAGAAUCGGAUUUGAUGCAGAAGAAACCAGGAGGAGGAAGUUACUAUGGCAAACAUGCCAUCAAAACCAAAUAUGGCAUUGAGCGUGUGGUCGAGGAUCUUAUACAGGAGGCCAUGUCCAAGGGGGAUUUCAAUAAUUUGAAUGGGGCAGGCAAACCAUUGUCCACAGCUCAAAUGCAGAAUCCCUAUUUGGAUUUUACCACUCACAAGCUUAACAAGAUUAUGCUGGACAAUGGCUUCACCCCAGAAUGGAUAAUGAUGAGUCGUGACAUACGUGAAGCGGUCCAAGAGCUCAAGCAGCAAAUACGCAAGGAACGCAGCUUCUACGGUGAUUGGCCGCUAACGAACUCUGAUCAACAGGCAGCUUGGAAAUCCUUUACUCAACUGCAUGAGGAGCAAGUUCGAGAAUUGAACAAAUUAAUUGACAAGUACAAUUUGAUUGUGCCCAUUUUGGAGAAUCAGUUCUUUCGCCAGCACCUGGAUAAAUUAGCCGAAAGUAUCUUCAAAGAACCGAAUUUACAGCGCAAUCUUCCACGACCCAAACAAAGCGUCAAAUCCAAAUCAGAAGUCAAGGAAAGGAACUUCAUGGUCACUUUCUUCUCCAGCAUGGGAUUCUAAGAUGACUUCAACAAUAUUUGGCUGUAUAUGUUUGUGAACAAUUGGUGAUAUUAGUAAAUUAGAUAAUAUAAAUGACUGUUGAUUUAUUGUUAACUCUUUGGCAAAACCAAAAAAAAACUUGUUAUUCUAUUAAUAAAUUUUAAAAUGAAUCCAUUAUUCAUC